UUAUUUCAUUAUUGAGUAUCCAAACUUGGAAGAAGUUAUUGAAGUUCAUAAAUUACUAGUUGACACAACCAUUUGCCAUUCUCAAUUAUUAGUUUGUAGUUUAUAUUAGAGUCGAACUAACUAUAAGAAACUGCCAAAGUUUGUUUUGAUAUGCAGGUGGACAGCAACGUAACGUGUGGUCUUGAAGAAACCAAUAUGUGAAUUUCGAAAUUAAUGACAUUAACCCAUCGGUAUUUAUAUAUACGAGAGAGAGAGAGGCACCAAACAAACUCAACAAACAAAGGGCUAAUUAGGAAGAGAGUAUGGAGAGUGGUAUUGUAACAAUGAAUCAUGAAUGCAAAGCAACUUCAACAAUCACCAUUAAAGGUAUUCUAAGCCUUUUAAUGGAAAGUGUUGGUGAGAAUAAAGAUGAUAGUAAGAGAGUUAUUUCUCUUGGUAUGGGUGACCCAACUCUUACUACUUGUUUUCCUAACACCAAGUUUGCUGAACAAGCUGUUGCUGAUGCACUUCAUUCUGCCAAGUUUCAUGGUUAUGCUCCAACUCCUGGUCUUCCCCAAGCAAGAACCGCCAUCGCGAAAUAUCUGUCUGAUGACCUCCCUUAUGAACUAUCAUCCGACGAUGUUUUUAUCACCUGUGGAUGCACACAAGCCAUUGAUGUUUCAGUUGCACUGCUUGCUCGCCCGGGCGCAAAUAUCUUGCUUCCAAGACCCGGCUUCCCAAUUUAUGAACUUUGUGCUGCAUUUAGACAAGUUGAAGUGAGGCAUUAUGAUCUGUUACCAGGAAAAGGUUGGGAGGUUGAUUUAGACGCUAUUGAAGCACUUGCAGAUCAGAACACAGUCGCGUUAGCGAUUAUAAACCCCGGGAAUCCUUGUGGAAAUGUAUACACUUACCAUCAUUUAGAGAAGAUUGCAAAAACAGCAAAAAGGCUUGGAACAAUUGUGAUUGCUGAUGAAGUUUAUGGUCACCUUGCAUUUGGGGAUAACCCUUUUGUACCUAUGGGAGUAUUUGGCUCCAUUGUUCCUGUUAUAACUCUUGGAUCCUUGUCUAAGAGAUGGAUAGUACCUGGAUGGAGGCUUGGUUGGUUUGUGACAAAUGAUCCAUCUGGUACUUUUAGAAAACCAAAGGUAGUUGAGAGAAUCAAAAAGUAUUUUGAUCUAUUGGGAGGCCCUGCUACCUUCAUCCAGGCGGCUGUACCUCGCAUAAUUACACAGACAGACGAAGUUUUCUUCAGAAAAACCAUUGACAAUUUGAGGCAUACAUCAGAUAUAUGUUGCCAAGAGCUGGAAGAUAUUCCAUGCAUUUCUUUCCCUUCCAAACCACAAGGAUCAAUGGCUAUGAUGGCAGAACUAAAACUUUCGCAUCUUGACGAUAUUAGCGACGAUAUUGAUUUCUGUUUCAAACUUGCUAAGGAGGAAUCUGUUAUCAUUCUUCCAGGAACUGCAGUAGGGCUAAAAGAUUGGAUUCGUAUCACUUUUGCUGCUGAUCCAUCUUCUCUCAGAGACGCCAUGAAAAGGAUGAAGUUUUUCUAUCAAAGACAUGCGAGAAAACAGUAAAAAAAAAAGUUACAAAAAACAAAUGUGAAUCUUGGCAGUGACUUUGGCGAAAUCACAUUAGCACCAUGAAUUUAUUAAAGCUGUGUAGUUUUUGUCAAAAUCUUAGUGGCUCACUGUGAUUGCACUAAAUUCACCAAAGGUUGCAUUCUUUUUACUAUACUACACAAGAAUGGAAGAUUUACUUGUAUUUAUUUCAAUACCGCAUACAGUUUUAAUAGAAAUGAACUGUUUAACUGAACUAAACAUUGCAAUAGAGUUAAUCCUCUUCAUAGUGAAUCUUUAUUACUAUUCAAAAAUA